UUCCAAUCCAAUCCAGAUCAAUCCGAGGGAAGCUGGGGCGCUGAAAGAGCAUUGGAAUCAUUAGAACGAUUGGAGGUUUGGAAGCUUGGGAGUUUGGGUAGCAUGUACAGUGAUCAACCGAGUAAACUGAAAUAAGAUGGAUUCUAAAUUUAAAACGAUUGCGUUAUGGGCUGGUUUAGGCGCAGGUGUAACCUUGUCGUCUAUUCUGCUUUACCUGCUUCUUAAACAAGAAGAAGAGUACGAGGUAAAGAGGCAGAAGGUAGAAACAACGAAGCACACCGUCGUUCGUGUGACGGUCCCCAAAGCUGUUGUCGGAGGUGUCAUUGGACGUCAAGGGGCAAACAUCAAGCAAAUCCAAGAGAAGACCAACACGAAGAUUAAUUUCGACAGCCCAGGCAAUGGCGAGGAGUGCGACCGCUUUGCCGUGAUCCGAGGAACGCCGUGCGGAGUCCGAGAGGCGGAGGAGCUCUUGAACGCCUGCAUCGAAGAGCAGUCGAACGUCAUCACCGAGACCGUCUUCGUCCCUAGCAGGGCCUGUGGUCGCAUCAUCGGGAGGAAUGGAGAGAGCAUUCGCCAAAUGUGCCGCAUGUCAUCUGCCAAGAUCCUGGUGGACCGUUCGGGAGACGAGCGCGACCCCAACACUCUCAAGUGCAUCACCAUCACGGGCACCAAGGACCAGAUCCGCACGGCCGUCAUCAUGAUCGACGAGAAGCUGGCCGAGGAAGAGGCCUUCCAGCAGAAAAUGGCCCUCUCCUCGGUCGGGCGCGCAUCCCUCUACCGUGGCCGCCCGCUGGCAAUCAGGCCCAACGUCUCCUCGUCAAAGGAGAGCAAGGAGGCACCGUACCAACAGGAGGAGCUGGUGGCAACCUCCCAGGACGGUUUCAUCGAGGUCUUCAUCUCCACCCUGGAGAGUCCGUCUUCCUUCUGGGUCCAGCUGGUCGGCACCCAGUCGACCACACUUGACAAGCUGGUCACGGAUAUGACCAACUUUUACGGGCAAGAGGCGAAUCGGGACUCCCACCCGGUAGCCUCACCCUCGGUUGGAGAUGUCCUCGCAUCACGCUUCGUCCAAGACGACUCCUGGUACCGAGCCCGCGUCAUCGCCGUCAAAAAGAGCGACUACUCCGCCGACGAAACCGAGGUCAAGAUUCACUAUGUUGACUUUGGCGAGACCGGCAAGUUCAAGGUGAAAGAACUUUGCACCCUUGCUGAGGAGUAUCGCUUGCUCCCGUUCCAAGCCAUCGAAUGCUCUCUGAGUGGUGUCCAGCCGAAGGAUGGGACCAAAUGGAAAGACGAAGCGAUCGACCUGUUUGAAUUGCUCACUCACGCAGCCAAGUGGAAAGUGAUGAUGGCCAAAGUAGUGGGUCGCAGCAAGAGAGAGGACGGCGGGCCGGGUUUUAUGUACCAGCUGGAGCUCAUGGACACAAACGGUUCGGAAGACAUAAACGUUGCGAAAGAGUUGCUCAGACAGGGGUUCGCUGUCCCGGCCAUGUAAUUUAACGGUAAUCGUGUUAGGAGACCCGACUAGUACUUUUUUCGUUGCGAGCGUCGCAGCCUUGUUUCUGAACUUUAAGCUUGGUGCGUUGGUGUUUAAUAGUGGCAUUUAUUUGGUUCUUGGGAGCUGUUGGUCUUCCUCUUCUGUAAAUUAUAUGAGCCUAUUUGCUGAGUGAAAACCCACAGAAUUUGUUGUGUAUAUUGUUCACUAGUGAUACUUUGCAGCAAUAAAACAAUGUGUGUUAGCA